GUCAACACAGACGAGCUAGCUUAAAUCGUUUUAGGGGAAAACAAAUGUUCUGACGGGCUAUAAGGUGGAAAUUGCUGAAUAUAUAUCAUAUUCAUUCUAUAAUUAGGGGUACAUGUCAUGUCCAUCGACUGUAUUUAUCAAUUUAUUGAUUUAUUCACUUCAAGCAAUGAUCAGUUUUACAUCAGGGCACAUUUGUCUUCUGUUUAAUACAAAAAGUCAGCAGAUCCCAUCAUUUAUUCAGCAAAAAAUGCAUAUAGUAAACUGAAAUUGGUUGUUCUUGUGGUGUCCGAUUUGCUAAAUAUCAGGUUUUGCUCUUCAGAUUAAAACUAAAUUACGUAUUUUUAACAUUCUCAUAAAUAUUUGUUCAGAAAUAAUUAUUGAAAUAUGAUAAAGGCAUUUUAAAAUCUAUUUUGCGAAUUCGUGUGCAUUAAAUCGCCCUUUUUAUGGUGUCCGAGAAAUACCUGUCCACUUUGUUACUCACUGAAGUAACCCCCAAAAACCAGCAAUGGUUUGCUCGUGCCCGGCAUCACUCGACGUCACUUCCUUUUGGGAGGGAGAUGUGAAGACGUUGUGGGAAAUGGGUUUAUCUGCUGCUGAGCGGCAGCGCCAGUACAGGGCUCGGCGUAAUGCUGAUCCUGAGAGAAGAGCUGCAUAUUUACAGAAACACAGAGAGAAGUGGCAUGAUGACAAAAAACGUGGGAAGGUGAAGAACGUGAAAGAUCUAAGUGAGAGGGAGAAGAGAAAGAAACAAGCUUACUGGAGAAGAGCCCAGCGCCGGAGCAGAGAGAGAAAGAAAGUGACCGAGUGCCUGCUUACUCCACCUCAGAGUCCUGAAGCUCAUCCACAGCCUCGGUCGUCAAGACAGAGAAUUGCUGCAAAGAAAAAAGUUGAAAGGGAGUCCGAGUUAUACAGGGAGCUUCAGACUUUGAAGGAAAAACUCAAACAGCAGAAAAGAAAAACGGACAAAUUCAGAAAAAAAUGUGAACGACUGCAGCAAGAUUCAGAGUCACGCAGAUCAAAAUCCAGGCACCUGUCAAGAAGGAUUCCUGUGUCUACAGAAGUGCACAAAACUUUACAACUCUGCAAAAAGUGUGCCUCCACCAAACACAAACAUCCUAGACGGGUCAUUGCAGCUCUGGUGUCAGGACGGAUCUUGAAAAAAUACAAAUUCAAAAAAAGAAUUCAGGAGACGCUCGCGAUUUCAAGAAAACAACAGAGUCACAGGGAGAUAUCCAUCCUCUCCAACAAGCUGAAGUAUAGAUCUCUAUGCUUUACACUGCACAACAAAGUUCUGUCCUUCUUGACAAGGGAUGAGAAUAGCUGCCUCGCAGCUGGGAAAUCGCAAACAAUAACAAGAGGGAAGAUAAAGAAACAGAAAAGGUUCUUGAACGACACCAUGAGAAACCUGCAUAGGAGAUUCCUUCUUGAGAGUUUUGAUUGCAAAAUCUCAUAUUCUUUGUUCUGCCGUAUGCAGCCGUUCUGGGCGGUCCAGCCGUCCAUUGCAGACAGACAGACCUGUCUUUGCAAGGUACACGAGAAUCUCUGCUUUCUUGUUGAGAAGCUACAUUCACUCCGACUCAUUCGGGGAACGGACUUGGAGAAAAUGGCAGAGUCAAUAUGCUGUGACUCAAACUCAAAGGGCUGCAUGUACAAUGAAUGCCCUGAUUGCAAAGAUAGAGACUUUCCAGUAGUGAGUGAGGGGGAUUUGCAAGCAGUAGUUUUUUUCACACAGUGGACAACAGAGACUGUUCUCAGAGAGAAGAACAAGGAAGCUAAAAAAGAGAAAGUGUCUGUCAAAAUCACAGCGAAAAAGAGGACAGAGGCGACUUUGCAGAACCUACUUGAGCUCUUCCAGCGCCAGCUUACAAACUUCAAGAGACACCUCUUCAACAUACAACGUCAGUUCACCUACUACCGGGAAUUAAAGAGGGGCAUGACAGAUCGUGAAUGUUUAAUUCAUGUAGAUUUUUCAGAAAAUUACACCUGCAAGCACUCCUCCAAAAUCCAAGCUGAACAUGUUGAACCAAACCAGCAGCAGGCGACGCUCCACGCUGGAGUUCUACAUGUUGGUGGAGUGGAAGAACAUGUGUGCUUUGCCACAAUCAGCCCAUCAAAGGAAAAAGGCCCCGCAGCCAUAUGGAGCCAUCUAUCGCCAAUACUUGACCUGGUUAAGACUUCCUGUCCAAAUGUGACCGUGGUGCAUUUUUUCAGCGACGGGCGAUGCACACAGUACAGUCAGAAAGGCAAUUUCUAUCUGUUCUGCACUAAGCUGCAGCAGUGUGGGUUCCAGUCAGGCACUUGGAACUUUUUUGAGGCGAGCCACGGUAAGGGUGCUCCAGAUGUGGUUGCAGGCCUCCUGAAAAGGACAGCUGACAGGAUUGUCAGCCACGGGAAAGACAUCCGUAGUGCUGAACGCUUUUUCAACGCACUGGUGGAAGCUCAGACCUCAGUCAAACUGUUCUACAUCAGUGAGAAUAAGAUUAAUGAAGCCACAAAGAGCAUACCAGAUAGACUCCCGGUGGUGCCGUCAACCAUGAGCAUUCACCAAGUCGUUACAGUUACCUCGGGACAAAUCAGCUACCGUGACGUGAGCUGCCUCUGCUCAAUGAGACCGACCCUGCAGUGUCAGUGUUACAACUCCCAAAACCUUCACUUUCAACACUCGGGCAGCAGCGCCCACACAGGAGGACAACAGUCGGAAUCCAUCUGUAAUUCCUUGGCAAAGCUCAGCCAUCGUAGGCCAGUGGUGUUGUCUGAAAUAUGAUGGUGACAUUUAUCCUGGAGUGAUUCAGGAGGUGAAUGAAACGCAUGUAAAUGUCAAAUGUAUGCACCAGAUUGGAGUCAACCGCUUUUUCUGGCCACAGCGGGAUGAUGUCCUCGAGUGUUUGCAUGGAGAUAUAAUCACAAUGAUUCCUCCUCCAACUUCUGUGGCCGCAGGUCACAUGGAGAUCAACCGGGACAUAUGGUCCAAGAUCUCAGACUUGUGAACUGUCUGAAAUCAAAAGGAACAUGAAAGAACAAAAGAAAAAUCUGUUUAAAUCUGUUGAAUCAAAAUAAAGAUUUUUUCUUGAGAAAAGGUUUCUUUUGUUCUCCUGUCCUGUCAACUGUGUUACAUGUGGUUUUUGUAUCAUAGAUCUUUUAAAUGUUGGAUGAACUGUAACAAAAAAAGACAAGUAGUAUCUCUGGAGAGGGAAGUCUUACAGAAGGAUGAUGAAUAACUCUAAAUUCAAUUUAAUGUGGAUUUCUGUUGAAAGAUAACAGAUAACCUCAAUGUUAUAUGACAACAUUUGUCUGUAACACAGUUGACAAAAUAAAGAAUCAAAUGUGUAUUUUCUUAAAAAGUUAUUUGACCCUAAGCUUGCCAAUGAAUGACUUAAGGGUGUAUAUAAUGGAAACAUCUAGUUUAUCUAUCAAGAAAGAAUACUGAUAUUUUGACUUUUUGGUUGAAAUGAAAUGUACCCCUUAUUAUAAAAUGACUCAGUAGCGACGGCUUCAUUUGGGUUUUUUUUUUAAAGUUUUGUGUUUGUUUUAAUGGCGUCUGAUAGAAACAAUAAUGAUCUAUAAGUUAAUUUAAGGUAAACAUGGCAAAUUCUAUCAGUACACAGGUCACAGCUGCUUUUAAUGGGUUUUACUGUUUCUUCUUCUGUUUCAUGUUAAUAUUGAUUAUGAAAAUUCAGCAUGUCUUUCCAGUAGCUUCCAUGUCAUGUGACCCAGUGACUCCUAACAAAUGCCAAAUGGUAUUAAUAAAAAGGACAAAUAAG